GAUUGUUUAACUGAACCAGACUUGGUUCAGGUGGUUUAAGAGUAAUUACUUUCAAAAAAGGAAAACAUUUAUACUUAGUUCGUUUAAUUACUGAUUAGCGAAUUGUCAGAAAGAGGAAAUAACACAACACACUAAUGUCUAUAUAUACGAUUAGAAAUAGAGAGUAGCCAUAUCAUAUUCUUUCGCAACAGGCAAACACAAAAAUCUCUCUGUAUUUUUCUCGUUCUCUUUGUCUGUAAAAUCGUGAAAACAUCAUGGGUGGCGUGAAGAGGAAGAUUUCUAUAGAGCUGAUAGAGAAUAAAGAUUCACGAGCAGUUGCUUUCUCAAAACGCAGUAAGGGUCUCUAUAGUAAAGCCUCUGAGCUUUGUCUUCUCUCCGAUGCACAAAUUGCAAUCAUAGCGACUCCGGUUUCUUCCAAUUCCAAUGUUUCUUUCUACAGCUUUGGCCAUUCCUCUGUUGAUAACGUUGUUGCCGCUUUCCUCGCGAAUCAGCAUCCUCGGGAGGGUCUAGGGUUAGGGUUUUGGUGGGAAGAUGAGAGGCUUUCAAAAUCAGAGGACCCGGAGGAACUGAGAGAGGCGAUGGACUCAAUGUCUAAGAUGUUGAAAGAUCUGAAGGAGUUGCGUUUCAAUGGAGUGCAAAGUCGACGAGAUCGUGAGGACGUGGAGAAGAAGGGUGUUUUACACGGAACUCAUCAACAGCAAACCCUAAAUCCUCAAUCGUGUUCUGCAAGUCUAUGCAUUCAAGAUGACGUAACUGUGAACAAGAACACUGAAGAACAAACCCUAGCGGUUUCUUACAACAGCAGCAACAACAACGGUUUACUUGGAAACUUGGAGGGUUGCAAUCAAGAGUUUGAUCUUGAUGAAAUCUUUGAUUAUGUGACAACAUCUGAAGCUUUAUCGAUGAACUUGGAGAUAGACGAUGUCUCUAUCGUGACGACUAAUCAAAACCCGUUAUCUGGUGCUGAAACUGUUGAAGAUGGAGAAUUGGUGACUCCCAGAGAUCUGUAUGAGGACAAUAUUCAAUUAUCAGAUUUGGACGAGGAUCAGAUGCUAAUGAUUUCCGACAACAACUACAACAAUGUUUUACCAGAAAACUUGGGUGAAUUCGAUCAAGAGUUGGAUCUUGAUCAGAUAAUUGACUUUGAAACGAAUUAUGAAAGUCUUUUGAAGAAUUUUGAGAUGGAUUAUGCUAUGAUGCUGACUACAAAGCAAUAUCUGGGCUCGGGCUGAUUGGUGACUUUAAAUGUUGUAGCUUUUCUACAAGUCUUUAAAACCUAGUAUUUUCCAGUCACACUUUAGCAUCCUAUGAGACUGUGGACUGUUAAUUUUUUUCUCUUUAAACUUUGGUUUUUUCUAAAAUUCAGAUAAAUGGGAC